AUGCAUUUAACCAAUGGCGACAACAAGGAUGAAGGCACACCUGUAGAGCUCAUUUUCAUGGGCACCGGGACGUCUUCUUGCGUGCCGCACGUCGACUGCCUGACUCGUCCUCCGGAAGCAGUGCCCUGCCGAACUUGCCUCUCUACUCUCACUCCGGAGGGUAAAAAGAAUGCAAGGCGCAACACAUCCGCGGUGGUGCGGAUGCGGGGCGCCCACUCAGAGAACGUCACAAUCCUCAUUGACUGUGGCAAAAGCUUCCAAUCAGCCGCGGUGGAUUGGUUCCCUAAGUAUGGGCUACGCCGUAUAGAUGCUGUUCUCAUCACCCAUGCGCAUGCUGAUGCCAUGAAUGGCUUGGAUGACCUGAGAGGAUGGACUUUACGCGCCGCGAUCCAGCCCCACAUAGAUCUCUACGUGUCUAUGAAUACAUUCAAGGAAGUUCAACGUGCCUUUCCGUAUCUUAUUUCCAAAGAGUAUGCUUCCGGUGGCGGAGAUGUACCCGAGUUCAAGUGGCACAUCAUAGAAGAAGGCGUCCCAUUCGAGAUCGGAGACACUGGCAUUCAGAUAACUCCGUUUGCAGUGCAACAUGGCCGUAUAUUCACGCCUCCACCCCCGGUUGAGAUGCCCAUUACGCCUCAUUCAAUGUCUCCGGCAUCGACCGCUGCCUCGUCGCCCAACGUCCCCGGAACACCAAUCCAUACUGCAGACCUUCCCGCGUCGCCGCUUACCGACGCCAUACAACCCUACCUUUGCCUCGGCUUCAUGAUCCAAGAUGCUAUUACCUACAUCUCCGACGUCUCGUAUAUCCCAGAGCACGUAUGGACGAUGUUCGAGUCUCGAGGGAAGGUGCCUCCCGUCUUCGUCCUGGAUUGCCUGCGCAUACUGUCCCACACGUCGCACUAUGGGAUCGAGGAUUCUGUCCGGACGGCGAGACGGAUGAAGGCAAAGCGGACGUAUCUGCUCGGGUUCAGCCAUGAUCUGCAGCAUGACGAUUGGGUCACAAUUGCAGAAGCCGCCGGCGGGGAGAAUCACGAAGGGUCGAAGCUCGCCCUGAUCGAUGAACAUAGACUGCGCGGCCUCCGCGAAGGGGAUCCAGUCUGGGUCCGGCCCGCUUUUGACGGUUUACGAGUUUUCGUUUCUGGGGAUGGUAGCGUUCGAGACGAGGGUUACUCACAGUAG